AUGCUGCCUCACCGCGUGCGCGUAAGGGACUUCGCGGCGGCGCGCUCGUCGGAGUUCGCCGCCCUCUACGCCGCGCUCGACCGCGCGCGCGCGCCAACGGUCGGCGCUGCCGCCAGUGCGCCUGGGGCCGACCCACGCGGGGAGCGGAACGGCCGAGCGGAUAGUGCGGCGGAAGAUGCGGCGGACGGCGGCGGAGGAGGCGAGGGGCGUCGUGUGGUGGGGCGGCGCGAGUGGGGCGCGCGGCGGCGGCGCGAUCGAGUGGCCGUGAGGCACGGCACGCCGCGGCACCUGAUCCGACGGACCAGCAGCUUCGUGCGGCGCGGGGGAGCCAGAAAUAGCGGCGCGGGCGGAACGAGGCGGACGGGCAGUGCUCGUGGGGGACGCGGAGGGCGCGGAGGCUUGGCGCGGGUGGUGGCGGGGCAGGUCCGCCGAAAGCGCGUCAAGGUGGCGGCGCUGGAGGGCCAUGUGGACAGGGGGACGCGGGGCGCGGGGGAGGAUAAGGGCGGGGAGGCGCGGAGUGGUGCGGGAGAGUGGGAGGAAGAGACGUCGGAGAAGGAAGGGGAGGCGGAGGAGGAAGGGGAGGCGUGCAGGCGAGUGCGCCGAUGGGCGCAGGCGAAGCGAUUGAAGCAGGGAGUGGGGGGAGGGCGGGCGUGGAACGAGGGGGCGGGGCAUGGGGGGCCGAGGCGGGUGGCGAGUCACAUGUGGCAUGCGAAGCGAUUCCACAUGGCGGACACGUGGGGUUACAGGCUGGCAGCACGGCUGCAUGGCAGGGGCCGUGGCAGCCGCGCGGUGGUGGAGGCGGCAGGCAGGGCGGCCGUGCUGCACGACGCGUCGUACCACUCCGCCAUCCAGCUCAUUGCCGCGCAGGUGGGCUGCCCUGCGGACAUAUGCGCUCUGCUCGCGCGCUGCACUCCCCCGGGUGCGCUUCCCCUCGCCCCUCGCCUUCCGCCUUCCACCCCUCACACGCCGCAUGCUGCGUGCACAGGCAGGGGUGCUGGGGCGAGGGGCGAGGCAGCAUGGGGGGAGGCGGCAGAGGGGGAGGCAUGGAGGCGGGGAGUGUUGGAGCUGAGAGCCAUGGGCAGCAUGCCUCAUCCUCCACCUGCCAACCGUCCAAGCGUCACCAUCAUCCUCCCGCAUCCCACACCUCCUCCCUCCUCCACAGCCUCACCCCUCCCCCCAUUUCCCCUGCCUCCCACCUCCACUGUCUCCCCUGCCCCCCCAUGCGAUCAGCUCUUCUCCUCCGCGAGUGAUGCCAGCAGCAGCGACGUGAUUGGUCCGGCCAGUUUCAUGUGGAAGCCAGUGGCAUGCGCAGGCGGGGCGGCUGUGCAAGGCAGUGGUAGUGGUGAUGCACCCUUUGCUUCUGCUGUUGGUGCUGCCAGCAGUGGGUGUGGUGGGAGAGAGGGAGGCGGUGGGGAGGUGAAGGGGAUGGAGGAGGGGAUGGGGUGGAAGCAGCGGAGGAGGGAGAGGCAGGGGCGGCGCAAGCAGGAGCAGCGGCGGCAGAGGUGCGUGUGGGUGUGGGUGCAUGCACUCAUGCUGCCCGACGCCCUGGCCGCCCUCACAGCCGCCAGUCAGCACAUGGGGUUGAACCGCUCUCCACCCAUGCCGGGGCAGGAGAGCAGCAGCGAGCAGAAAGGGUGGAGGCGGAGGCGGGUGAGUGUGGAGAGUCGUGAGGGCGAGCUGUGUCGGCUGGAGGUGGCGGGGCGAGCAGCCCUCCCCCUGCUGCUCUCCGUGCUGCGCCCCUCCGCUCCUUUCAACACCCUCUCUCCCGCGCUGUUGCCGUCACCCUUCCCAGCUGCUGCCGCCCCUGCUGCCACUGCCUCCCCUGCUGCCCCCACCUCUGCUUCGCCUGCUGGCCGCUCUGCCUCGUCCGCUGCAGCAUCAGCGCGCCUGCAGCAGUCAGAAGCGUCCUGGAAGGUGCUGGCAGAGCAGGGGGCGCACCUUCCUGGUGGGGCCGUGGUGGGGUUGAGAGCGGUGGACGCGCGGCUGCUGGCAGGCAGGGGGAGGGAGGCUGGUGGGGUAGCUGGUGGGGCGCCUGGAGGGCGGAUAGGCUCUUCUCGUGGACAGCACACUGGGAGUGCUGAUGUGUCACACAAGGGUGGUCUGUGUUUCGAUUGGUGGAGAGAUGUGGCAGCAUCGGUGGACGGGGCGUCCAUUGCCGCUGCUCCCACUCUGUGGAUUCCGAGAGAGCAGCGCAGGGCAACACGCUGCCGGGGGGAGCAUGGGGCACGCAGGGGGGAGCAUGGGGCACGCAGGGGGGGGGGCAAUGAGUCACAAAUGGAAAUGCAUGACGCAUGGGAGGCGGACGAGGAGGCGAGGCUGACAAUGGGUGAUAGUGGGGAGGAGAGGGCGGAGAGGCGUGAAGGUGUGGGUGGGCAGCGAGGAGGAGAGGUGAGAGGCACAGCAGCCGCUGUGACCAGCACCACCCCUCUCCCCAACUCCGCCCCUCCCCCCCAGCGCCUGCUGGAUGCGUGGCGCCGCGCGCUCAAGCUGCAGGGGCUGAUGGGGGCGCGGGAGGCACAGCGCAUGGGGGAGAGCGUGGCGGGGCAGUGGGUGCAGUGGCAGGCGGGCAGAGGGGAGGGGGGGAGUGGUGGGGAGGGGCGGGGAGGAGGAGAUGGGGCGUGUGGAGGAGAGGUGCAGGGAGGAGUGGUGUGUGGAGAGCAGGCAGGGUGUGAUGUGGUGGUGGUGAAGCAUGGGUGCGGUGCCAUGCAGCGUGCUGCCGUGACCAGGUGGUCGGUCAUCCUGCCAUCUGAUUGGCUGCAGGCGUGCUGGCACCCGUUCAUCCUGCACGGUGCACAUGCCAUCGGGCUAGCCGAGAGGCACACGCUCUUCACAGCGGCGGGUCUGCCUCUCUUUCCUUACGACUACCCUGAGACGUUCGGCUACAGGUGCCACGUGGCAGCCUCCUAUUUGAUGCAGCGCGCCCGCUACGACCGCACACCACCCUCCAAGCGCCCUCUGUGCCCCCCCCUGCCGCCUGCUUGGGCUGCUGCUUCUGGCGUCUGGGGAGGGGCGGGGGAAGGGGGAGAGAGAGGGAGAGACGGGGGGGAAGGGGGAGAAGGGGGGGGAGGGGAGGCAGAGGCGGACGUGGACUUGAGGGUGGCGCGCUGCUCUGCUCACGCGCUCUCCGCCUUGCUGCCUGCUGCUCUGCGCCACGGCUCUCGUGGUGCUGCUCACGGGGAUGUUGACGGUGAGGGGGCGGGCGGCAGGGGAGUAUGGGUGGAUGGGCGUGUCACAGACCAGGGCGAGAACGGGCACGCAGGGCAGGCAGGGCAGGUGGGCAGUGGAGGAGAUGGGUGGAAGCUGGGAGGGGUGGGCGGGGCGCAUGGCUCACAGGUGGGCGGGGCGCAUGGCUCACGGGUGGGCGGGGCGCAUGGCUCACGGGUGAGUGUGGAGUGGAGGCGAGUGGGGGAGAGGGAGAGAGGGUCGACCACAUGGGAGGAGAGAGGGGCUGAUGCUGCUGCUGGUGGGGCAUGUGUGGCGGAUGGGCAUGGAGGGGGGAGUCACCGCAGCGCCACCACGGCAGCAUGA